CUUCUGCUUAGCCCUGUGCUCAGCCAACCCAAGCUCUUCCAACGCCUUCCGCUCUGUACCUUUUCUUCUUCUUCGUGCCGCCCGCUCGCCGACGCACCGCCGUUUUAAUACACUUCAUGUCGCAGUGACCCGACAUCUGCCCAUUACUACAUCGCUCUCAGACGCCUUGACGACGCCCUCAACCCGGACUACCGCUAAACCGCCCCCCAGCGAAAAGGAGGCCCCAGCCACGAUGCGCAGAGGCAUUCUCAUAUUCCUGAUAACCACCAUCGUGGUGCUCGGCUUUGCAGUACACCAUGUCUGGACCCUCCUGGAGCUGCUUGUCAUCGACGGCAGGGAAGAUGCGAUUCUGCGCGCCGAAUUGCCUGCGCCGAACUCAGGCGCCAUCAGCGAACGGCCGCAACUGAUCCCCAAGAUCAUUCACCAGACAUACAUCAAUGAGAGCAUACCCGAGCACUGGAAGGGCCCGCAGCAGAGCUGCAUUGACAUGCACCCCGACUACGAGUACAAGCUCUGGACGGACAAGAAGUCGCGCGAGUUUAUCGCUGCCGAGUACCCGUGGUUUCUCGAGACAUUUGACGGCUACCCGUACCCGAUCCAGCGCGCCGAUGCGAUAAGAUACUUUGUGCUGCACCACUUUGGAGGCAUCUACAUUGACUUGGACGACGGGUGCAACCGCAGCCUCGACCCGCUCCUCGCCUACCCCGCGUGGGUUCGCAAGACGACCCCCACCGGUAUCUCCAACGAUGCCAUGGGCUCCGUGCCGCGCCACAAGUUCUUCCUUAAUGCCAUCGAUCGUCUACCUGACUACAACCGCCGCUGGCCGCUGCCAUACAUCACCGUCAUGGCCUCGACCGGUCCUUUGUACCUGAGCGUCAUUUGGCGCCACUACAUGAAGGCCCAACCCGAGGAGGCGGACCGCGUGCGCAUCCUCUUUCCCGCAGAGUACAACAACCACAGCUGGAGCUUCUUCACUCACCAUCUGGGGAACAGCUGGCACAACAACGAUGUCAAGCUCAUAUUCUGGAUGGCCUCGCACUGGGUCAUCAUCACCGUCAUUGGCUUCACUCUGGGCCUGGCCCUGCUCUGGUGCCUCUACUCGACUUUUGUAGUAGCCCGCCAGGCGAACACCCACAAGGGCAAGUUUGCGUACUCGCGGAUACCCUUUUACCGCCGGAUAAGCAGCAAAGACAUCGAAUUGAACGACCGACACCAAGUCUAGCAGCCUCACUCUCCGUGCGGACCUUUCUCCCGAUCUUGUUUAAUGACCACAUCCUUGUAAUACCAUAUUGCUGCUGCAUUUUCCGGCGCUGCUGUUGUCCGUUCGCUAGCAUUUCUACCUCGACGUCUCGAGGAGUCUUCGAUUUUCGAUUCAGAGCUGUAUACACUAGAAGAUGUGGUUUGGUGUAGGCAGGCAGCUUCGGCUCCGCUAUUCUUUUUAUCGUCUUUUAAUUGCUCAACCUUUGGGAGAGACUGGAGUCUCGAACACGCACAUAGAGUACGACCAUUGUUAGAAAAAGGGUGCAGAUGCCCAGGGGAACGACACAUCAGAAAGCGGAGGAUAUCACGACCUGUCUGGGCUUCUCUCAGACGCCACGAGAGCAACUGUCGUUACAGAGCCCGUGCGCAAAUAUCUAGUAUAGCAACGCCCAUUGUUGACGAAUUGAUCAAUU